GUUUGACGUCAGGAGGGAAACCGUCUGUUCAGUUUAUGGGAAGAGCCACAAGACGGCAACACCAAACCCGUACCUGACCCUGACGAAACCCGGUGAGGAAAUCUCCUGUCCACACCGGCACUUGAACCCAGACUGGUUUACCGGCCGCCGCCGGUAUUCUGGAGACUUCCACGGUAAACUGCGCCGACGAGUAACGUCAGCUAAGAUAAACACCGGAUACUACAGCCGUGACCAAGACCGAGACUUCCGCUGAGGAUCCCAGCGGGUGAAAGUCCUUUCAAUCGAUAUUUACUCGAACACACUGGCAUGUAACAGCUUAGUGUUCAGGUAUGUUAAGCCUGUGUUUUAUAAUUUGUUGAGCGUUUGGCGCUUCGUUCAAACGUCGUUUGACGCAGUAUGAGCGACCAGUCUGCGGCUUGUUGACAGCUGUAAGGCUGUCCGUCAUGAAGAAGCGAGCCAACAAGGUGCUGGAGGAAGAGGAGACCUUGUGCUGCUGCGAGUACGUGAACAGACACGGCGAUCGAAGCCACGUAGCAGCCUGCUGCUGUGACUGCGAGGACCUGGAUGAUACCUGUGACAAGUUUCUGAAGAGGGAGCCUCAGAAACCUGAAUCCCUGUCACAGGUGGCUGCAGAUGUCACAGACCGGCUUCGUGUGCCCUGGCUGUGGGGUGGAGCCCGAAAAGUGGACUUGUCAAUCAUCCCUCCUCUUGUUCUCCUUCCCGUCCUUCUGCACAUCGCCGCUCUCCACUUCCUGCUCGGCAUGGUAGUUCUGACAGCUCUGCCCGGCCUGGUGCUGUGGUACUACUAUUUCACCCAUCGCAAGAAGGGACGGACGCUCUUCUUCCUCAGCCUGGCCCUCUUCUCAUUGGCGUACAUGUACUACUUGUUCAUCACGGAGGUGCUCCCCCAUGGGGAUGUAGGCCUGGUCCAGCUGGCGGUGGUAACUGUAGGGGUCGUACUCACCCUGGUAGCCCUUUUCCACACCAAGAGAGAACCCGGCAUUGUGCAGCCAAACCAAGACGACGUCCACAGCACAGUGACGUAUUAUAGCCCUUUAGCAGACAGAGACCCUGCCCUCAAUGGGGGGAGGCAGGAUGUGACGGUAGCCAACCGGGCGGGAUCUUCGGAGCAGGCGGGGACAAAGCUGAAGGAAAGUAGCCGAAGGAACUGGUGUCCGGUGUGCCGAGUGGUGCGGCCCCCGAGGGCGGGACAUUGUCGGAUCUGUGGUGUCUGCGUGCUGCGUCUCGACCACCACUGUGUCUGGAUAAACAGCUGUGUGGGGCAGGCCAAUCACCGCAGCUUCCUGCUUACACUCUUCCUCUUCCUGUUGACGUCGCUGUACGGGAUCAGCCUUGUGCUGCAGUGUGUCUGUCCGAAACAACACGUCUUCAUCGCCCUGCUCUACUGCCCAGGGGUCUACAACCAGUUCAGCACUGCACUUUGCUUCACCUGUGCGUGGUACAGCAGUAUCGUGACCAUUGGGCUGCUCCACCUGCUGGUGGUGCAGGUCAUCAACGUCAGCUACAACGUAACUGAGCGCGAGGCACGCUUCGCCCUGCGGGACAAAACCGCUCGCAGGGCCUACUGGGGACUCGUCGUGGACACUGGUGUCUACUCUCGAGGUUUCUGUGGCAACUGGGCAGAGUUCAUGACCAUGGGAGAAAAACUGGGUGCCCCCCCUCCCGCCCCAACAGACCUGGUUGCCUUGCAGGGAGUCGGCAUACAAGAAAAAAGUGAGAAUGAGUAAUCUGUUGAUCCUCUUAGGGACAUUUUCGCUGCGCACAGCGUUCCUAUGGGUCUGGAGUUGGUCAGUCUUGCACAAAACAUGGGCUGAACACCAUUUCAAGGAUGGUCUCUCUGCACACUUUGUCCUCCACAAACACUUGCUCCGUGCCCACAAAGGAGUGUACCUUACUUGACCUUGUGAAAUGUAUCAUGAAUAUCUAUCACAGAUAAAUGAAACAUCUCAGCACAAACCACAUAAUCAGGCUAGUUAAAGUUCUACAGCUUGUCAUUUUGUUAAAUUUAAUGAAUGAUUUGAUAGUUAUGAAUAUACAAGUAUUUGCUUUUACUGUCAAGCUGGCUGAAAGUGACUCUGAAUUAAACAGCUCUGGAAAUAUGAAAAAAGCAAAUAAAUUAAUACACUUUAAUGUGAGCUUGAAGUUUUCAGAGCUUUAACUAUCUUUUAUUAGUCCUCAAAGGGAUUGAAAGCUUUUCUUUGUUAUUGUAAAGUGUAUGGGUCCAGUUUUAUGUGAAAUUUAUUUUAUUUAUUUAAAUUAAAUAAAUGUGAGAAAUGUG